GUGUGGCUGGGGCUCGCAUUCAGAGAGCGACCACGGACCGGAGACGUUCCACGGUGCGCUCCUCCAUGGUGUAGGUCAUAUAUGGCCGUCCUUCUUUGUUGACAAGUCUUAAAUAUCUGUGUCUUUGAAGUGACAAGUGGAAGUCGACGCUUACAACAAGAAUAUUUGACUGUUUUCUGAGUUUUGGCUGAACUACAGACUCCGGACUCACUCUUGGAUUAUUCUGAAUUAUUCUGGUGGACUCGUGUAGUUAAAGGCAUUGCUGUAUAAAUACAGCUUAUCCCCAAAGUUUGGACCGGUGUUACGACACUCUUCUCCCUGUUUUUCUAAGGUAUGCCUGUGGUCCUCAGUGUGUCUCCGGACACGUAAUCGGGCGCGUUCCUGUUGUCAUGGCCUCCACAACUACGCGGCUCCUUCUCGUCUCGGUGAUCUCUGUUCUGGCGGAGUUCGUCGUCUCAUCAGAGGAUCAUAAGUGGCACUUUGAUCCAACUCAGUGUCGCUACGCCAUGGGGAUGGAGGAUGGCACCAUCCCAGACUCUGACAUCACCGCCUCCAGCGCCUGGUCCGACUCCACAGAGGCCAAACAUGGAAGGCUGAGCACUGGAGAAGGGGAUGGAGCGUGGUGUCCGGCAGCACCAGUCUUCCCCAAUGAGUCAGAGUACCUUCAGAUCGACCUUCACAAACUCCACUUCGUGGCUCUUGUUGGUACCCAAGGUCGGCACGCUGAUGGUCACGGCCAAGAGUUUGUCCGCAGUUAUCGGCUCCGUUACUCCAGAGACGGAAAGAAAUGGAUCACUUGGCAGGAUCGCUGGGGACAAGAGGUGGUGUCAGGUAAUGAGAACACCUAUGAAAUUGUGCUGAAGGACCUCGGACCCCCAAUUGUUGCCCGUAUGGUCCGGUUUUACCCCCUGGCCGACCGAGUGAUGAGUGUUUGCCUUCGGGUGGAGCUCUACGGUUGUGUGUGGAAUGAUGGAUUGAACGCUUACACGGCUCCAGUGGGACACGUCAUGAACUUGCCCGGCAUGCCGGUCUAUCUAAACGACUCCACCUACGAUGGCAGCACAGAACAAGGGAUGCAGUUCGGAGGCCUUGGCCAGCUCUGUGACGGAGUCCUGGGAGGAGAUGACUUCAUAGAAACGAAGGAGCUGCGGGUGUGGCCGGGAUAUGAUUACCUUGGAUGGAGCAGAGAAGCCCUCGGGCAAGGCAGCGUGGACAUCGAGUUUCAUUUUGAGAAACCCAGACGCUUCAACAAUAUGCAGGUUCACAGUAACAACCGGCACACGCAGGGCGUGCGAGUCUUCAGCAAAGUAGAGUGUCUUUUCAAGCCUGGCCUCCUUCAGCCCUGGUCUUCUCCGGCACUCACCCUGCCGGUUCCCCUUGAAGAUCUGAAGGACCCCUCUUCACGACCCAUCUCCCUCCCGCUUGGUGGCCGGCCGGCUCAGAUCCUCUGCUGCAAAUUUUACUUUGCAGACCGCUGGUUGCUCAUCAGUGAGAUAUCAUUCCUCUCUGAACCAUUUGAAGAGGAUGAGACGAACGCUGAUUCAUUUCUUCACAAUCGUCGAAAGUUUCCGGACCCUAGUCCGACUCCUGUGGGGAACGUCACCACCUCUGUUCCCACAUCGAGUCACGGCUCAUUCAGCACCAGCUCCAAGCCUUCUGAACCCCCCACCGCCACCUCCCUCAUGAUGGACACCACUGCUAACUGGACGCUGUCAGAAUUUGCUGCCUUUACUCCGAGGGCGGGACUUCCUGUAGCCAAAGAUGACGGCAGUAACACAGCUAUUCUGAUUGGCUGCCUGGUGGGCAUCAUCCUGCUGCUGCUGGCUGUUAUAGUUGUCAUUCUUUGGCGGCAGUACUGGAAAAAGAUUCUGGGCAAGGCCCAAGGCAGUCUGUCCAGCUCAGAGCUCAGAGUCCAUCUGUCCGUCCCCUCGGACAACGUGGUCAUCAACAACACACACAGCUACUCGAGCCGGUACCAGCGCAUACACACUUUUCCUGACGACCGGGACCAGGACAGAGAAGCAGAGGGGGAAUAUCAGGAGCCCAGCGCUCUGCUGCGGCCCAGAGACCAGAGGGACAGCACCACCUUGCUGUUAAACAAUCCGGCCUAUCACGUGCUCCUACCAGAUCACAGAAAAGGCUCCAGAGCCGUAGUCGUCCCAAGAUCGGCUCAGGCUCAGGAAAAGAGCCUGAAUGUGCCCCAGGCUUGUGGUUUGGACUUGGACCUGGAGAAAGGCUUCCCCUCUGCACACGAGGAGCCCCCUCCCUAUCCGGGGUCGCCUCCUUAUCCGUCUCUGUCUCCCCCGGUCUCCCCGCCGCUGCCUCCCAGCGUCCCGCAUUAUGCAGAGGCGGACAUCGUCAGUCUGCAGGGGGUCAGCGGCAACAACACCUAUGCGGUGCCGGCCCUGGCCUCUUCCAGUCCUGGUGCCGACGCUCUCCCGCUGCCGGAGCUGCCGCGCCAGUGUCUCGUCUUCAAGGAGAAGUUGGGGGAGGGACAGUUCGGGGAGGUUCACCUGUGUGAAAUAGAGAACCCUCUGGACCUCCCGAUCCUGGAGUUCCCCUUUAAUGUGAGGAAAGGGCGCCCUCUUCUGGUCGCAGUGAAGAUACUGCGCCCAGAUGCCUCAAAGAAUGCCAGGAACGACUUUCUGAAGGAGGUGAAGAUCUUGUCUCGCCUGAAGGACCCAAACAUCAUCCGGCUGCUGGGAGUGUGUGUGAGCAGCGAUCCCCUCUGCAUGGUCACCGAGUACAUGGAGUGUGGAGAUCUGAACCAGUAUCUGUCCCAGCGUGUCCUGCUGGACAAAACUGGGCCUUCACACAAUACGCCAACCAUCAGUUAUCCAGCGCUCAUCUCCAUGGCCAGCCAGAUCGCAUCAGGGAUGAAGUUCCUGUCCUCUCUGAACUUUGUGCACCGGGAUCUGGCCACUCGUAACUGCCUGGUCGGCGGUGAGAAGGGAGAGAGCGGAGAGGAUCGAGGCGGAGAGCGUCACAUCAAGAUCGCCGACUUCGGCAUGAGCAGAAACUUGUACGCUGGAGACUACUACAGGAUCCAAGGCAGAGCUGUGCUGCCGAUACGAUGGAUGGCCUGGGAGUGCAUCCUCAUGGGGAAGUUCACCACAGCCAGCGACGUGUGGGCGUUCGGGGUCACUCUGUGGGAGAUGCUGAGCGUUUGUCAGGAGCAGCCGUACUCCGACCUGACAGAUGAACAAGUCAUCGACAACGCAGGGGAGUUCUUCAGAGACCAGGGCAGACAGGUGUAUCUGAGCAGGCCGGCCGUGUGUCCUCAGGGUCUCUAUGAGCUCAUGUUGAGCUGCUGGAACAGAGACUGCAAGCUCCGCCCAUCUUUCGCCAACAUCCACUCCUUUCUUACCGAGGACGCCAUGAACAUGGUUUGACAGAAGAACGACAGGAAGAAAGUUGACCUUUUUGCUUGAGCGGUGAAGUAGGCUGGUGUGGUGGAGGGUGCGUUCACAGGCACAGUGGGGUUUGCUCGCUUUUGUAUUUUGUACUUUUUGGGCGGGUGGGGCUGAGACACCGCUGGUUCGGUUUUUAUUCCACCUCAGACCCCCCAAAAGACGUCUUUUUAGUAGGUAACAGCUACGUUACGUAGUAACUGGUGGUGGGUUCAGGCUUCAAAUCAGUUUUCUGUCAUUUCAGAUCGUGUCUCUUCUGCUGCAGAGUUAAUAUGCAGGAAUCAGUGGCACAAAUUACAGCUUCAUGUCUGAAACAUUCAAAUUAUUCAGCCUUUUAAAUGUUAUUUGUGGACUAACAGGUGAAUACGCUCAUAUCACGAAGAACACCUGUUGUUUGGAGGUGAAAGGUCACGCAGGGAUUGUCUUAGUAUUUAUAGCUCACAGCAUGCACUGUAACUCAGUGAGCUUACUCCCAGCUACGUCCCCUUCGGCCUACUUUUUAUUACGUCUCUUCAUUUGAUCUCAGCCCCACGUUCUCGCCCAGUGACCCACAUCCACAGUGUUUGUGGGGAAAUAAAGAGGUGUGGACCAGGCAGGAGCAGCCUCCCCGUUUCGUCAGUGUGAACACGUUGAGUCUCCCACCUUUAAUCGUAACAAUCUGACCUCCAUCAUGCACCCGACGCCAAACAAGAGGAAAAAGGCGCAGAAGAUGAGAGUCUGCAGCUGCAAAUUAACAAAUAAUUGUUUUGUUUUUCUUCCAUCAGAGAGACGUUGCUCUGGGACUCCUUUUCAGGCACCUUAUCAGGUGUUCUUCUUCUUAUCAUCGUUUCUUUAUUUGACUGCGACUCGGGUCAAAAAGGAUCGAUUUUAAAAUUCCACAAAUCAGCAGCACUUUACCCUACAUGCAUUUCCCUGACUGUAAUGAAACUCGUCUCUGUAAUGGGUCUGAAUGAUGAUUCCUGAUUCUGAUCAGGACACACAUCUCAAACAUGCACACUCUCCUGUUAAAAUGCCCGGCUUUUGUUACCUAAAAAAUAUGAUAAAUUAUUUAAAAACUUUUUUUUUCCACCUUUAAAUGGCAUUCAUCUUGUACAUUUUAACUAAAUAAGUAGAAAGAAAUCAGUGAAAGUAGAAAAUAUAAAAAAGUAAAACGCUGCAAUAACCUGUGCACACCUUUUUAACAAACUUUUAUUUUUAUUUUUGUUUCAUAGCACAUUCUUUCUCAAGAUUUUGUCAGAUUUCUAGCCAGGCCGGGAUGUUUUCUUUGGACAAAAUUACUUGUCUUCCAGCCGUACUCCUUGGUCCAUCAUGUAGAGAAAUAAAACUUCCUGCAGCUUCUUGUGUGUCACAACAGUAAACUGACAUCUAGCUACAUGGAUUGACAUUUUUUAUGGCACAGAUGUCUGGCAUGUUAGCAGGAGGUGUGAAAACGUCUGAGACCUCCUCUCCCCUCCCCUGCUCUGCCAAACCAUUAGAUGUAAAAAAAAUUGUUUUAAAACCUGGAAUGGCAUUCUGGAUCCAAACAGCAAUCCUAUGUAAGCUUUCAGAGCGCUGAGAUGUCACUGAUCGUAUAAUUUUCUUUUAUAUCACUGUAAUUUUAUGGCAUUAUUCAAACGGGGAAUUCUGGGAUUCCUGAUUUUUUUCUUUUGUUUUGUUUUUUGGAGUGAAAGUCGAUCUCUGCGUUGAUCCAUGUGUGAGCUGACCGUGGUGGAACCAGUGCUUCUACCUUACUGUCUGUACAGCACUGUAAAUCUGAGAUCACCCUGAUUGUGAAGUAAUACAUGUUUAGUGAUGGGUUGUGCCAUUUCAUUCAUUUUGAUACACUGUAGUUCAUUUUUUCUUUUCUUUUUUUUUUUAGCUUGGUUAUAGUAAAACGUUUGUACACUCGCUUUCAAUUUAAGGGAUUUCAAGAGAUGUUGUUUUUGGUCGUCACCAGAUUAUUUCCUGAAAUAAACAAAAUCAUAUUACUGCAUCAUUAUUUAUGAUUAAGAAGCUGUAGCAGCAAUAGCUUGAAGACCUCCAUCCUGUUUGGGGUGCCUUGGUUCAUUUUAUUCCAACAUUGCUUGAAUUUGCCACAUUUCUCCAUCUCAGUUGUGUUCAGGCUUGAAGAGCAAAACAGUUUAUAUGUAUUCACAAAAGAAAAGUCGAGGAAUAUAAAAUAAAAUGGCAUGAAAGAAUAAGAGAAAGCGCAUGAAAGUUGGCAAAUAGAGACUGUGUGAUGAAUGUAUUGCCAAUUUAUAAGGAGGAUUGUCUGGUGAAGAGGAGAAAUGUAGUUAGUGCAAUAGCUUGGAGACUCAGCAAACCAGCACCCUACACAGGGGCGUAAAGGUACAGUUUGAUCUAGAAAAUUAUCUCCUUCUCACUAAAGCCGUAGCGAACCACUGGCCUCAAGGUGGCGCUGUUGCACCUUUAUCAUCCAUAUAUAGAAGUGCUUCAUGUUAUUGAUGGUUUCAACUCAAAAUGUUUGUUUCAAAAAAAGUGUGUUUUAAAAUUACUUUAAACAAAACAUCGGAAAACCUGAUUGAUUUGUGUUUCAUGCUGGUACAAGUUUUAUCCUCUCUAAGGUCCUGAAACAAUAUUUCAAUGAGCCAAACCAGAAUAGAGUCGGUUUACUAUGAACACUUUGAUAUUCAACUGGGCAAUGACUUGAAUUAUUCAGCUUAAUUUCAAAAUUUGACUGAAAUUUGGGGAUUUCUUAGCUGAUUUCUUGAGACACUUCUCCUCAAGCAGUACUGCACCAGAUGUUUUUAGCAUAAGCUCUUUUCUUUAACAGAUGAUUGUGUCGAUAUCCAUAUAAAAUGUCCAUCCAAUUGUUGUUCAGCCUUCUAAUUAUGUUGUAUUGAAGAUCCCACGUCUAGAUUGAGGUGUAUAAAGUCUGAAAUGGUUUUAUUUGAAUGAUCUGAUUCCAAAUUGUGCAGAAAUGGUUGUAUAACUCUUCAAUUUGAUGGCCAAAAACAUGUUUUUCUCAGGUCACUGGUACCAUUACACAUUAGCAAGCUGCUAAAACGUCAGUUUUCACAUAAAUACCUGAUCAAAUGUAUUUGUUCAGCACUCAGUUAACUCCCACAUGUUGAGUCUCUGCGGCGUCUCGAUUUAUUUAAGAAUGUGUCUCGGAUCAGGUUGUAGCAACACAAUUUUAAAAUCUGGUGACGACCAACACAUUUUUGUCCUUUUUAGUAAAAUUAUAAUAUUGAAGUUGGUUGUACGUAACAUUUUACUAUAAUUCUUCCCAAUCUGUCUGAUUUCAUCUCUCUGUUCUGAUUUUCACAGUAUGUACAUAUUCAAAGGACAGGAUUACAGUUUUCUUUGCUAAUAUAUAGAUAACUCCCUGUCACAUUUUCAUCGUUGCUAUAGAAACGCUUGUUACCUUCAAGCUCUUAUUCAUUGCUGUUCUAUUUUUGUAGAUGUUUUAUUAAAGUUACCCUUUUCAAAUAAAACUGAGCGGGCUCACACUGUGUAUAAACACCAGGCUGUUUUCGGUGAGUUAAAACAUUUUAUUAAUUGUUCACUACAGACUAUUUAGUACAAGCAGUUCCAUACUAAAUAUGAUUUACGUUUACGUCAGUUUAAGUAGCCAUGCAACAAACGUUUUCGAAGCAUUCCUCACAAGAAUCACAUCGACAGCAAGAAGGCUUACUGAUGCAAAACCUUUGGGUAAAAGUCUAUAAAGUCUGAUACAGAUGCAACUGGUAGUUAAUACACAUACAAAAAUAAUAAUAAGAAUACACCUGCAGUUAUAUUAGAACAGGUCUCAGCUAACGUCUCAAAUAUUCUGUACGAUUUUACCAUUUAAAGGUUCAGUACGAUCAAAAUUGGAAAAACAUCCCAAGUCCAAUUUAAACUCCAAGAAGAAAAAAAAAA